AAGUCCCACCCCUCUCUAGAAACGCAUCUUGAGUAUUUGACUGUAUCCAUCUUGCAAUAAAACAUACGUUUCCAAAUCUGUGCAUAUACUGAAGUUAUCAUUUUGCACUUGCACAUAACCACUUUCUCUCUCUGGGCCCCCACGGAAACUCCUCCGCUAGCCGAUAUCUGGGAGUUCCUAUCUCGCAACUCUUUGAGAUUCCCCUCAGUCGUCACCCAAAAGCACCGCGACGCUUCUUGGCAGCAAGCUGUCGACACUCGUCGAAAGUUCGUGUAUUGGCAACUCUAUCGGACGUAGCCAUGGCAGCUCCUUUCAGGGCUUGGCUGGACAGCGAUGAGGUCCCAGCCAUUGGCUUUGCGACUACCCCUCGGCGGGUUGAGUCUCCGGAUUCGUUCUUCGAGUCACUCUCGAAGUCGAAGAAAGCUCCAGAAUCAGGACCUCUCUCAUUUAGUCGGACGUCUACCAGUAGCUCGAGCGGUAGCAGCGACGGCUCGGUGACUGAUGACACUCCAAGUCGAAAAUCUUCGGCAUCCACCGCUCCAUCAACAGCUCCUUCGAUCGAUGUGCAAGUUCCAUGGCAUGUCCACGUCGCACAUCUGCCACAACCCACUGCAGUACCCAUAACUGCUAGGUACUCUCUGCCAUGCGAGUUUCUCUUUGCUGGUUGUCAGAUAGCUUUUCCACCAGACGAGUACGAAAACUGGAUCCUACACAGUCUUACGCAUUUCCCGCGCUCAGACCCACCAAAGAAGUGCGUCUGCACAAUUUGUGAUAACGACGACGCUGUCUUCUCGACGGAGGGAGAUCAGAGGAGUCGAAUAUUGAACUGGAGCACGAGAAUGCAUCAUAUCGGAGAACAUUUCGAACACGAAUACAUAUAUGAGGACAUGCGGCCAGACUUUUUUGUCAUCAAACAUGUCGAAAGUCGACUCAAUGAGGAAGACUUCAAGUCUGCCAUGAGCUAUUCAGAAAGACCACCAAUCAAUAACUUGGUCUCGUAUGGAUUCAAAACGCCGGCAAUGCGUCGCCAGGAGCGAAGAGAUAAUGCGCAAUUUAUAAACCAAAGAGAUGAAGAUCGAAGACGAGAGAGACAACGUCGACUUCAAGUACGCCACUAAAAGGCCGGACAAGCCCACAGACCGCCUUUCCAGUGUUCCGCAGAUACACCAAAAUUAUCCUGAGGAAUAUGGAGUGGUCUCGG